AUGUAUUUGCAGUCUUCUUAGAUUAAAUAAAUGCGCGGUAAUUACUGAUAAAUACGGCCAUAAAAAUGCUGUGUCGCGGUCGAUCGUGUCCGUCAAAGUGCCUCCAAAAUCGGCGACAUUGCUGAGGAAAAAAGGUUGGCAAUAAUAAUGAACGUGAUAGAGUCAAAGUGGGGCAGGGGAAGGGAAGGCCUUGUCUUGGGAGACUUUUGCUUCAGUGUGAUGUCAGCGGUGGCAGUGCUGGUGUAAUUGACUUGGUAGGGGUGAUGGCGUCAUUUUAUGCCCUGCUGUAGCCUCCUGCUUCAAUAGGGAAGGGGAGACGGAGCUCUAGCCGACGUGACCGUGGCUCCUUUGGCCCGGAUCGAGCACCGCCGAGCCGGACACUUCACCACGGGAAACAUGGAGGCUGCGGCCGAGGAGCUGCUGGCCGGCUCUCGGGUACCUGUCACAAUCGAUCAAAUAGUUAACGAUACGCUGCUGGUGACGCUGACCUACCGAGAACGGAGCUUCACGGGGAUUUUACUUGACUGCAACAAAAAGACUGGGCUAUUCUGUUUACCAGAAUUCACAACAAAUCCAGUGGACUUCCCGGUAUCCAAGCCAACUUGUGAAAUCCCAGAAGUCCCGGGUGAUGAGCCAGAUUCCAAGUCACCCAGCCAGUCAUCGCACAGACCAAAGGAUGAAAAUACUCUCCCAGAAAGCAGUAUCGCUACUGCACCCCCACUUUGCCCGCUUCCAACACCGGUGCCAGCUGGGCAAACUCCAUACCCUCCUUAUUUUGAAGGAGCCCCCUUCCCCCAUCCCUUGUGGGUGCGCCACAGCUACAGCCAAUGGGUACCGCAGCCCCCUCCGCGACCAAUUAAGAGGAGAAAGAGGCGGACACGAGAGCAGGGUCGCAUGACCAUCAGUACCAUUCGCCUGCGCCCGCGGCAGGUACUUUGUGAAAAGUGCAAAAAUACUUUGAAUAGCGAUGAGGACAGCAAAGAUGGCAUGAACAAUACAAAGAACUCGAGGAAAGACAAUACACUACAGAGCGAUGACGAUGCCGAUGACAAAGAUAUACCUAAUAAGCUGUCGAAAAAAGAGGAUGCAGUUGCAGCCAAGGACAAUAAGAGACGGGAAAACGGCACCAGCAUCGAUAGCAAGCGUCUCAGGAAGGACAAAAAGGGGGAACCUGAAGGGGAGAAGUUCCCCGGAAGCGACGUUAUCCCUCACAGUCCAGUCAUAAAGAUUUCAUACAGCACUCCACAGGGCAAGGGAGAGGUCAUGAAGAUCCCCUCGCGAGUCCAUGGUUCAGUAAAACCCUUCUGUCCCAAGCAGAAUGGCUCAGGAGAGAACUGCAAGAUUCCUUCGAAUCCCACCAAGGAGCAGCGACACAUUUUAAACGCUAGACGGUCCGGUCUUACUGUAUCCAUUCCCAAACUCAAACUGACGAGGCCUUUCACAACCGUGUGUCAGGAUUUACCAUCUCCAAAGAUCCGCUUGAAACACCCGCCCAGGGAACGGGACGAGAGCGUGGUCGAGUAUGAGGCAGAACUUGUAGGCGACGCCAGGAGACGAAGUCCAAGGGCAACGGCACCCUGUCUCGCCCACUCCGAAGACUCCGGGGAAGGCAAAAACUCUUUGGAGUUGUGGUCAGGGAGUUCUGGCGAGGAGGCGGAGCACGGCCAUAACGACCUCACCCUUCUCAUCAAUUUCCGUAAGCGAAAAGCGGAUUCCUCUAGUCUGUCCGUUUGCAGCAGCGACAGCUUAGAUGAGUCCAAGUCUUUCAGUUCCGAUGGCACGUCCCCAGAGCUCUGCGAUCUGGCACCUGGCGAAGACCUCUCCGUCACCUCAUCCUCGCUACCAUCACGGGACGAUUGCAAGACAGUGCCCCCACUCACAGUGCGACUACACACGCGCAGCAUGACAAAAUGUGUCACAGAGGAGGGUCACGCUGUGGCGGUAGGGGACAUUGUGUGGGGGAAAAUCCACGGUUUUCCCUGGUGGCCCGCACGUGUCCUCAGCAUCAGCGGCACCCGCAAGGAAGAGACUGCCACUUGUGAGGCCCAGUGGCCCCAAGCGAAGGUGGCGUGGUUCGGUUCCCCGACCACGUCCCAGCUCUCUGUUGCCAAACUUUCGCCCUUCAGAGAGCUCUUCAGGUCCCGUUUCAAUCGCAAAAAGAAAGGGAUGUACCGGCGAGCCAUCCUGGAAGCAGCCAAGGCUGUUGGACACAUGAGCCCCGAGAUUACAUCACUACUUUCCCACUGCGACACAUAGGAGGCCGCGUGCUGAACAGAAGUCGCGGAGAUUUUUUUUUUUUUUUUUGGGGUGAAUUCUCAGACCCGGUCAUCAAGAUCCAGGACGGAAUACGUGCGGUUGCCUCGGCUACUAUUUAUAUGCUGGUCCCUUCCUUUCAUUUUACUUUUUUCACAAGGCUGGUGUAAAAUGGCUGCCAAGGUGGAGGACAUAAGGGAGCAAAAAAAAAAAAAAAAAAAAAAAUGGCGAUGCACCUCAUGGUAUGCUGUGACUGUUCCUCCCGAUUUUGUUUUCUCGAAGGAAUCAUGGAUCGCUAGAAGCGAACAACGAAACAACGACCAACACUACAAGAACCAGAAUGUAUCGAUUAUCUCGUACGGUUUAAGAAUCCAUCUUUCCCAGUGUGCUGCUGUCACGAGGCGCCGCUCAGCCACCAUUUUGUACAUGGAUGUUUGAUGGAAGGGUUCAAAAAGUCUUACCAUAUUAUUAUUAUUAUUAUUUUUGACACUACAAAAUGUGAACAUCUCCAUCCAGUAGUGGUGACCUGUAGUAACCUGCUCUUCUAGUGACCAGUGUUCCAUCCUCGUGCAUGUCGAUACUGAUCUUCGUCCCUCUUAAGUCACGUCGUACGUCUCGCUUACAUUUCAUUUCGAGCUCGAGAAGCGUCACCCUUUUUUUUUUUUUUUUUCCCCGUCACUUGUAAUUAUUUAAAGCAUUAAGAAAAAGCACUUUAUCUGUACCUCGGUGGCCUGCUGGAAGCUCUCACUGUCUGAAACGCUAUUGUGAGAUCCAGCCCUGAUAGGCAGCAAGGGAGUUAUGAAAUAUUUGUGGUUGACUAUCCAUGGCCUUGGAGAUAGGAAAAACACUUUUAUUUGA